AAUUACUUAUCUGUUGAGCUUGAUCAUGAAUAGAUAAGAAAUUUUGAUGCUACUUACUAAAAUAUUAUUCAAUACAUACCAACUAGAAGUCCCUUGAUCAAGUGAUGUGUAUUUAUGGAAAUGGGUAACUGUAUUCCAUCUGGUAUCGAUCUGAACGACAUGGUUCACGCACCCCAAUCGGAUAAACUAAGAGAUAGUUCUGGAAUUUUGCAAUGCAACACAUGUGAGACAAUGGAUUAUGGAAGUAGUCCAAAUGAUUUCGGUCUAAACGAAAUGGAUUCUGAUAUAAAACUUCCCCUACUCACACGAAUAUUCUCACGCCAGACACACCACAAUAACUCAAGUAAUGGUGAUUUUCACCCUGAUUCACUUGGAAGUAACGGGCUAUUUUCACAAAACACUGGUAAAAUAAACGUAUCUUCAGUUUUAGUUAAACAGGACAUGAAGUGGAAUUCGCAGCUUGCGCGACCAGUGUUGGAACUAUUUACGACUCCAUCCAUGAGCAGAGAACUAGAUACCCCAAGCGAAACUCAAAAACUAUUACCUUAUACUGCCGAAAAUAUUACAAAUGUGGAAGUAAAACGAAAUUCUGAUAAAACAAGAGGUAUUACAAACGAGGACAGUGGGAUGGAAAGCUGUUCAAUAGACAGUCAUUUAAAAAGUUUAUACCUAUAUUGUGACGUCAAAAAGAACGACUCAAAAAAAUCAUCACCUGGAUUGGAAUUAAAAAGUAUAACCAGUGAAAACGUUUAUGGAAAGACAAUCCCACUAAUAAACUUGGUUUAUCCAAGAAAAGAGAAAAUUACUGAAAGUGCACAAAUUACUGAAAUAAAUUCUAGCCCUUCCAUUAUGUCUAAAUGUUCUCUGAACAAAAAUCAAGUGGAACCUGUACUACCCUUUUAUGAAGAAUGGUUAUACGACAAAAAUAAACAGAACUUGAGCGGCGAUUCAACAUAUAGCAUUUCAAAUUAUCGAAAGCUUUCGGGCGAACAAAGGCGAGUCCAACCACUUGUAGCCGUAGCCAAAAUGACUUACUCUCAAAAAUACCCUCAUGAAUUAAAUGUUUCAGAAGGAGAAAGGUUACUGAUACUUAAUCGCGUGUCGGCUCCACGUAAUAUAAUUGAAGGUAGAUCAAGCUCAUUAACAAAGGAUGAAGAUUUCUGGCUAGUUGAAAGAAUUGAGCUAAAGCAUAUGUCUAACCACUGUUCACGGAAAGGAUUGGUGCCAGGAGAAUAUUUGCAAAUUAUUGGUGAUUCUUUAACCACCCACAUUUCCUGGUUUGAUAUUGACAGAAAUGAAGCAGAAAGAUUACUGCUUCUAAUGGGUAACCCGUCGGGAACAUAUAUUAUACGUCCAUCUUCAGAUUCAGAUGAGACAUUCGCUCUAUCAGUACGGUAUUUGGACCAAUCGACACUGAUUUGGUCAGUGAAGCAUUACCGAAUAAGAUUUAGAUUGAAAGAAGAAAAAUAUCAUAUAUUCCGCCGCAUUUCAUUUCCGACUAUUGAUCAACUGGUGGCACACUAUACAGUAAAUGCCGAUGGAAUCGCCUGCUGCUUAACUACACCAUAUCCGAAAAAUUACGAGCCACCAACAAAAUUAUCUUUGCUAGAAGUAAAUCGAAAUAACUUUGGAUUCAUUAAAAAACUUGGACAAGGAAGCUUUGGUGAAGUAUGGUAUGGAACGUGGAAUAAUCAAAUGCCCGUAGCGAUAAAAAAAUUACUUGGGAAUGGUAACAUGAAUCAUGCAAGAUUUCUGAAUGAAGCUGAACUUAUGCACCGAUUGAAUCAUCCGAAUGUAGUCAGAAUUUUGGCUGUAUGCACACUUCCUACUAAUGAACCAACUUACAUUAUAAGUGAACUAAUGGAAAAUGGAUCUUUGAAACAGUAUAUGCAGAAGCUUAAUCCUGUAGAAAUCAGAAUGAAGAAUCUACUUGAAAUGAUGAAAGAUGUUGUCGGAGGAAUGGCGCAUUUGGAGGAACAGCAUUAUGUUCAUCGGGAUCUAAGAGCCAGUAACAUUUUAGUUGACAGUAAAAAUAGACUUAAGGUGGCAGAUUUCGGUUUGGCUCAUUUGCUUGGUGAUUCAGACGAAUACAUUGGAACGCUGGAAACCAAAUAUCCCGUACGAUGGACGGCCCCAGAAGGGAUUUUAAAGCAAGCUUAUUCAACAAAAUCAGAUGUGUGGUCAUUUGGGAUACUGGUUCAUGAAAUAUUAACCUUCUGUGAAUUACCCUACAAAGAAUUCACUGUCAAUGAAGUCAAAGUACGCGUGUGUUCAGGUUACAGAUUACCUCGUCCCAUAUUGAAAAUAUCCUUCACAGAAACUCUUCUACCUGUAGAUGAUGAGUAUGAGGUUCCCAAACGAAAAAGUGUGGAAACUUUUAUGUGUCCUAUUAAUAUUUACAACAAAUUGCUUGAAUGUUGGAAUAUUUCACCAGAUAAAAGGCCAUCAUUUAAUUCACUAUAUUCUUUUAUCGAGGAAUUAUUAGAGAAAGAAAUCAAGAAGGAUAUCAGUACAAAAUAAAAACAGACCGCAUUUCAAAACGUCCUGUUUAAAUGCUCAAAUAUAUCUUACACAUGUUU